UUGUAAACUCACGGGCCCACGCCCAUGGAUGUCUCCCGCUCCUGCGCGCACGCGCAGUGACACUCCUCCUGUCAAACAUGGCUGUGCUUUGGAAGAAGGAAAAAUGCUGAAUUGUGUUGCUAUAACUCGGGAAAAGCAGCAGACAUGGCUCGACUGGCCGAUUAUUUCAUUGUGGUGGGAUACGAUCAGGAGAAGGCGGGUUCAGGUGAAGCAUGUGGAAAGAUCAUUCAGCGAUUCCCCAAGAAGGACUGGGACGGAACAGCCUUUCCUCAGGGGGUGGAGAUGUUCUGCCAGCCUGGAGGUUGGAGCCUGUCCAGGGAGAGGAAGGUGCCCACUUUCUUCACGGUCGUGCUGACCGAUAUCGAUUCGGACAGACACUUUUGCUCCUGUCUCACUUUCUACGAGGCCGAGGUCAAUCUGCAGGGAUCAAAGAAUAUUGAGGCUGAUGGAGAUGAAGAUGAAGAGGAUGGCCUUAUCCAGCCAGCUCAAGUGUUUGCACCAAAAAGUCUCAUUCUCGUGUCCAGGCUGGAUUAUCCCGAAAUAUUCAGGGGCUGCUUGGGUCUCAUCUACACAGUGUACAUCGACAGCCUGAGUUUCCCGUUGGAGGGUUUGGUGUCGAACCUCUUUGCAUUUCAGGUUCCUGUUGCUGGUGGAUCCCAGAAGCUGUUCAGCCUGGGAGCAGGAGACCGGCAGCUUAUCCAGACACCUCUGAAUGACACAUUGCCUGUCACAAGCAAGAGCGUAGCUCUGCUCUUCCAGCAACUGGGAAUCCAAAAUGUUCUAAGCCUGUUUUGUGCGGUUCUGACGGAGCACAAGGUUUUGUUUCACUCCACUAGUUACCAGCGACUCGGAGAAGCAUGUCGCGCCCUGGAAGCCCUCAUGUUUCCCCUUAAGUACAGCUACCCAUACAUCCCCAUCCUCCCCUCGCGGCUGCUGGAAGUGCUGAGCUCGCCCACUCCCUUCAUCAUCGGCGUUCACUCCAUGUUCCAGAAUGAAAUCCAAGAUCUGUUGGACGUUAUUAUUGCUGACCUGGAUGGAGGAACAAUAAAGAUUCCUGAGUGUAUCCACUUGUCCCUGCUUCCUGAACCUCUGUUAAACCAGACACAAACUACUCUGUCCGUGGUCUUGAACCCUGAUCUGGAGAUAGCAGACAAUGCAUUCCCUCCGCCUCGCACUGCACCCUCCAACAUCAAGUAUUUGGACAAAGAAGUGAGGGCCGUCUUUCUCAGGCUCUUUGCACAGCUUUUCCAGGGCUACAGGUCGUGCCUGCAGCUCAUCCGCAUCCAUUCUGAACCUGUUAUUCAUUUUCACAAGACUGCCUUCUUGGGCCAGCGAGGCCUCAUUGAGAAUGAUUUCCUGACUAAGGUUUUGGAUGGCAUGGCCUUCGCUGGCUUUGUCUCAGAGAGAGGUCCGCCUUACCGAGCCUGUGAUCUCUUUGAUGAGCUGGUGGCCUUAGACAUUGACAGCUUUAAGGAAGAAGAUGCGAGUCCUGCCAAACUGCAAAAGCACAUCAGGGAACUUUCUGAGCAGCUAUACAGAAAUGAAAACCCAAACCCUCACAUGGCAUUCCAGAAAGUGCCUCGGCCAUCAGAAGGAUCCCAUCUGCGUGUGCACCAGAUUCCUUUCCCUCUGCUUGAUAAUGAACACGUGGAGAAGACGAUUCAGGAGAGUGUGGCAAAGCUCAGUAGCUUGCCUCCUUCUACGAGGACAGAGAGGAAGUGCGUUGUACCUGCCGGGCCGCCUGUCGUGUCCUUUAUGGGUAAGAGUGGCUCUGUGUUCAACAGUGCUCGGAGACUGGAGGUAGUGCGGAGCUGCAUUUCCUUCAUAUUUGACAACAAGACCCUGGAGACUGAAAAGACUUUGCCGGCAGCACUGCGUGCACUGAAAGGCAAAGCAGCUCGCCAGUGUCUGACGGAGGAGCUAAGUCUCCAUGUCCAGCAGAACCGAGCCAUACUGGACCACCAACAGUUUGACUACGUCAUUCGUAUGAUGAACUGUGCCCUACAGGACUGUUCCACCUCGGAGGAGUACACGGUGGCUGCCGCUCUGCUGCCCCUGUCAACAGCCUUUUACAGGAAACUGGCUGGUGGGGUGAAUCAGUUCGCCUACACCUGCAUUCAGGACCAUCCCAUAUGGACCAACCAGCAGUUCUGGGAAGCCACUUUCUACAGUGAGGUCCAGGGUCAGAUCAGAGCCCUUUACCAUAACACCCCCGAGCAGAAAGGGGUCGUCGCUGUCCGGUUAAAGGAGUCAAAUCCAGCACCUGCAGCGGGCAAAGGUGAGCUGCAGACAGCUAUGGACCUGGCAGCAGAACAGCUGCGCCUGUGGCCCAGCCUGAGCAAGGAGAAGCAGCAGGAGCUGGUGAAGAAUGAGGAGAGCACGGUGUUCAGUCAGGCCAUCCACUAUGCCAGCCUCAUGGUGUACCUGCUGGUGCCUCUGGACACGAGCAAAAACAAGCUGCUGCGCAACCCGCCUGCCGCCGACUGGGAGAGCGGCAGCAACAGCAUCGUCACUAACAGCAUUGCCGGCAGUGUGACGGAGAGCUUCGAUACUGAAAGUGGAUUCGAGGACUCUGAAAGCAGCGACGUGGCCAACUCUGUGGUCAGGUUUGUUGCCCGCUUCAUUGACAAGGUGUGCACAGAGAGCGGCGUAACCCAAGAGCACAUCAAAAGCCUGCACAGCAUGAUCCCAGGCAUCGUGGCUAUGCAGAUGGAGGCUCUGGAGGCGGUGCACAGGGAGAGCAGGCGGUUACCUCCCAUUCAGAAGCCUAAGAUUCUGCGGCCAGCGUUGCUGCCUGGAGAGGAGCUGGUGUCGGAGGGUUUGCGUGUGCUUCUGGACCCCGAUGGCAGGGAGGAGGCCACCGGAGGUCUCCUAGGGGGCCCACACAUCCUGCCAGCAGAGGGAGCGCUGUUUCUCACCACGUACCGCAUCGUUUUUAAAGGAAUCCCCCAUGAUCCUCUGGUGGGAGAGCAGGCGGUUAUCAGGGCUUUUCCAGUGUCCACGCUGACCAAAGAGAAGAAGAUCAGCAUCCAGAACCAGCUACAGCAGAGCAUGCAGGAAGGUCUGCAGCUUCGCUCUGCGGCGUUUCAGUUGAUAAAAGUGGCUUUUGACGAGGAAGUGAGCUCUGAGAUGGUGGAGAUUUUUAGAAAACACCUGCAGAGGGUCCGCUACCCUCAGUCCAUCUUCAGCUCCUUUGCAUUCGCUGCGGGACAAACGGCACCUCAACUAAUUCUUCCGAAGCAAAAAGAGAGAAACACAGGCUUCAGAACGCUGUCCAAAACUAUUGUCAAGGGAGCAAAGAGGGCCGGGAAGAUCACCAUGGGCCGCGGCAGCCAGAGCACACUGAAGAAGAGUGACCGAGGCAGCAGAAUGACCUGGCAUGAGGACGAUGACAUCUCAAUAUCGGAUGACGGGGAGCCGCCUCCCAGCAGCACACUGCGAGCAUCAGAGAAGUCCACCAUGGAGCAGCUGGUGGAGCAGUCAUGCUUCCAUGACUACCAGCGUCUGGGCUUGGGCACCAUUACCGCCAGCUCGUCGCGGUCCAAGUCAGGGGAGCAGUUCAGGGUUACAGCCUUCAACAGGCUCUACCAUCUGUGCCGCAGUUAUCCAGGGCUGCUCGUGGUUCCCCAGGCAGUGCAGGACAGCAGCUUACAGAAGGUGGCCCGCUGCUACAGGCACAACCGUCUGCCCGUCCUGUCCUGGAAACACCCGCGCACCAGAGCUGUCCUGCUCCGCUCGGGAGGCUUCCACGGCAAAAGCGUGGUGGGACUGUUUAAGUCCCAGAACCCUGCAUCAACAGCCCCUGCCUCAUCCUCAGACUCCUCAAGUAGUCUCGAACAGGAAAAGUACCUUCAAGCCAUCCUCGACUCCAUUCCUAUUUACUUCAGAAUGAACGGCAACAACACCCUGACCAACCGCUCCCUCGCCGGCCUCUCACCAGGCAGUGAAAGAAGAUCCAGGAUACCAAAGAUGGCUCCCGUCCAUUUAGACAUCCCAUUCUCAAACAGCUUUACCAGAGGAGUGCUUGAAUACAGAGAUAAACUAUUCAUUCACUCAAACCAAAAACCCGCCCAAAAGGAGAGAGUCCAGCAUCAAGGCAUGUGGGCCAGCCUGCGCUCCAGCAGCAGCAGACUCAGCCAGCACCCGCUGACCGGAGACGUGGGCGCCAGGCUCGCUGGGAAGGAUCUGGCGCCCCCUGCAGGGAGCCACAGUCUGCAGGCGCAGCUGCUCAAGCAGCAAGCCGCUCUCUACAUCUUUGGAGAGAAGUCCCAUCUGAGGGGUCUCAGAGUGGACUCGUCUCUGAACUGUGAACUGGUGCCAGUGGACUUCGCAGACACGCGGCAGGUGAAAGCUGCGUUCAAAAAGCUUCUGAGGGCCUGCGCUCCCAGUGCCAGCUCCCUGGACUCUGAGGACUCGUUUCUCAAGGCCUUGGAGGACUCGGAGUGGAUCCUGCAGCUUCAAAAGAUCCUGCAGCUGGCAGUGUUUCUGGUGGAGCUUCUGGACAGCGGCUCCUCUGUUCUCCUCAGCCUGGAGGAUGGCUGGGACAUCACAACACAAGUGGUGUCUCUGGUGCAGCUGCUGAGCGACCCGUUCUACCGGACUCUGGAAGGCUUCCAGGUGCUGGUGGAGAAGGAGUGGCUGUCCUUUGGCCACAAGUUCAGCCAGCGGAGCAACCUGAGUCCGAGCAGCCAGGGCAGCGGCUUCACUCCCAUCUUCCUGCAGUUCCUGGACUGUGUGCACCAGAUUUUGGAGCAGAAUCCUCUGGAGUUUGAGUUUAAUCAGUAUUAUCUUAAGUUCCUGGCCUAUCAUCACAUCUCUAAUCGCUUCAAGAACUUCCUGUUGGACUCCGACUACGAGCGCUUGGAACAUGGCCUGCUGUUUGAGGAUAAAGGUGACAAGCAGGCCAGGAGAGGCAUCUGCAUCUGGGAGUGCAUCAGCAGGAUGCACAAGAGGAGUCCCAUCUUCUUCAACUACCUGUACAGCCCCACUGAGAGCGAGCCGAUCCUCAAGCCUUCUGUCAGCAUCCCCAGCCUGACUAAAUGGGACUUCUUCACGGAUGAGACGCUGUCCACUGGGCCGUGUUACGACUGGAGGAUGAUGGCCGUGAGGCCGGAGAGCUCGGAGGAGGCCAACGCCGUCUCCAACAGCAAGCGGAGGAUCGUUUGGCCGUGCUACAGCAGCGUGAGCCGCGCCCAACCCGACGCCAUCACCAAGCUCCUCGCGGACAUUGAGAGGCUGGAGGGCGAGCUGAACCAGGGGCCGGAAAAAUGGCAGACCACUCUGGAGAGAGUCCGACUCAGCAUUCAGGAAGACCUCAAGCAAGAAGGAAAUCUCCGUAAGCAGUCCGUGUCCAUCUCAGGCCUCAUUCCCACGUCCAGCCUGCAGGCCUUCCAGCGCCGCUCCAUGCUGCACUUGCCAGACAGCGGCCUCGGCGAAGACCACAGCACCGCCACCGUCAAUGGAAUCAACCGCCGCGCCGCUACACUCUACAACCAGUUCACCCCCAAGAGCGAGGAGAACAGGUCCUACGAGGGCAUCCUGUACAAACGGGGAGCGCUGCUGAAGGGCUGGAAGCCUCGCUGGUUUGUGUUGGACGUCACGAAGCACCAGCUGAGAUACUACGACACUGGGGAGGACACCAACUGCAGGGGCCACAUCGACCUGGCAGAGGUGGAGUCUGUGCUGAUCGCUGCUCCGACCAUUGGAGCUCCCAAACACAUCAGCGAAAAGGCCUUUUUUGACUUGAAGACAAGCAAGCGAGUCUACAACUUCUGCGCGUCGGACGCUCCCAGCGCUCAGCUGUGGAUGGACAAGAUCCAGAACUGCAUCUCCGAUGCCUGAACCGCGCGGCUGCUCGUCGGCUCGCGGCCUUUAGAGGCGGCGGCUGAGAGCGGGGGCGCCGCCAUCACCCGACUCAGCUGUCACGUCUUUACCUUCGGGGACUGGAGCGAACAAAGUGCCUGGCGGUGGAGGGUGAGUGCCGUCCCUCCGCGUCCUCGCUGUUGGCUCCGCCCCCCUGCCUCGGGCGGCGACGAAGACGCGCUCACGCUUCAGGCGACUGCACAAGGAAAUGUUAUCCUGCAUAAGCUCUAAACAGAUCAAAGCAAUAUCACUGGCCAUUCAAACUGUGGGUUCAACAUUAGACUUUUAGAAUAUAGAGAAUAGCCUAUGAAGAAUUUCUGACAUAUUUUGCUACGAGAUAAAGGUUAUUGCUGCUUAAAGAAACACAUGAACUGCCAAAAACUCAGAGAUUUUAAUGCACAACGUUAAAAAGCAAUUUGUUUGCACUGUUUGCUCUAAAAUAUGCACUCCUUCUGAAACCUAGGUUUUGUACCAGUAGCAGACAGCCAGGCAUUACUUUACAAUGUACAGACGUUUCCAGACAGAUUCAAUGAAAAGAAUUUGCACAGUGAGUUUAAAAGAGUUUUUCUAUUUAAAUGUGUUGUUGUUGUUUUUUUUUUUCUCUUUUGUUGAAUGUUUAUUGACUUUAUAACACGGUUGUCUCAUGUAUUGUAAAUUAUUAUUUUUAUUAAAAGUGUAUCUGUGCACGUGUUGUAGCAUCAUGUUUGUCUGUAAAUACGUGCGUGAUGUUUCAUUUUAUAUACUGUACCGGACAAAUAUACUUUUCUAACCUAAUUCUAAUGUGACCAACAUCGUCGUGGUGCAAAGACCUGAGUGGCCUGUUCCCCGUUACUGAAAAUAUGAUGGAAGCCUGUUGUUGUUGUUCAGACUGUCCAGUAGGUGAAAACAUCAUGUGGGAUGUUUGUUUUUUUAGAAAUCCCCGUCUGAUCUGUUCUUUGUGCGACUUGAACUGUUUCAUUUAGAAAAAAAAAUAAAAAAGAGGGCUUUUCGUUACUGUAUCUUUGUACCAUGUUUUGUGGUGACACUAAUGUUUUUGGAAUAAAUCGGCCGUACUUGAAA